GCUACGAUAGCAGUUCGUCGUUGCAUUCUGACGAGUGUAAUAGAAAGUCAUCGGUGCUGUGCCGUGGGCACGUAUAUUUACGAAGACCGGUUUUAUUAACGCUUGCGCGUUAUCGUUUUGCGGGUACUUAUCGUACGAUAAAACGUUAUCAGCGAUGAUAUACGUACUCGCGAUUUUGGCACUAACAAUCGGUAUCUAUUAUUACUUUUUCAAAGACUUCAAUUACUUUAAAAAGCAUGGGAUACCGUACAUUCAACCUCUUCCCGUGGUGGGAAAUAUGGGAUCGCUGUUUCUCCGUCGUAAAGCACUAAGUGACUUCGUGCAAUGGAUGUACGACAUACAUCCCGAUGCCAAGUACGUCGGCGUGUACGAUUUAACCAGACCGCUUAUUGUGAUUCGCGAUAUUGAGCUCAUCAAAUCCGUCACGUUGAAACAUUUUGACACAUUUAUGGAUCACAUUGAAUUCAUCAACGAAACGUUAGAUCCCUUUUUCGGCAAAAAUCUCAUUGCUCUUCGCGGUGAGAGGUGGCGCGAAGUGCGAUCCGUACUGAGUCCGGCCUUCACGUCCAGCAAAAUGAAAAACAUGUUCAAGCUGAUGUCGGAGUGCGGCAUCGACUUCUGCGAUUAUCUGCGGCAAACAUCACCGGAAAAUAGAAUGACGGAUAUGAAGGAUAUUUUCACGAGAUAUACCAAUGACGUAAUUGCCACGUGCGCAUUUGGCAUCAGAGUUGACUCAAUGAGAAAUCCGAAUAACGACUUCUACGUGUACGGUAAAGAAGCGACCACUUUCAGCUUUAUUACGUUUUUGAAGUUCUACUUACACAGAAGUUUACCUUGGUUAGGACGAAUAAUAUCGUUGACACUUGUUCGUGAUAAAGUAGCGAAUUUCUUUCGUUCUGUUGUAAAAGACACAGUUAAAACGAGAGAUGCAAACGGUAUCGUUAGGCCGGAUAUGUUGCAGUUAAUGAUGGACACCAGAAAUAAAGAUAGCAAGACGGAACUGACUAUCGACGAUAUGGUGGCGCAGGCGUUUAUCUUCUUUUUUGGUGGCUUCGAGAGCACUUCUGGAAUCAUGUGCUUCGUCGCAUACGAGAUUGCAGUGAAUCAAGAUGUACGAGAAAAACUUCAAAGCGAGAUUGAUCAGGUUUUGGAAGAAACAAACGGAGAAGCGUCUUACGAAGCGAUCAACUCUAUGGAGUAUUUGGACGCUGUGGUCAACGAAACACUUAGAAAAUAUCCCAUCGCUGGACUAAUGGAUAGACUAUGUGCCGAAGAUUUUGAGCUGCCCUCGACAUUGCCGGGAGUGAAGCCGUAUACUGUGAGAAAAGGACAAGGCGUGUGGAUACCGGUUUAUGCGAUUCAUCAUGAUCCUAAAUAUUUCGAAGAACCAAGCAAGUUCAACCCUGAACGUUUUCUUGGCGAACGAAANAAAGAAAGUCUCAAUAGCGGAGCUUAUUUUCCUUUCGGACUGGGACCCAGAAUGUGCAUAGGUAACAGAUUCGCGUUGUUGGAGACAAAAGUUUUAUUCUUUCAUCUGCUGGCACGUUGCGACCUGAAACCUUGCGAGAAAACAUCGAUACCGCUAAAGAUGUCUACACAUGCUCCUAAUAUACAAGCCGAAGGAGGCAUCUGGCUGAAUGUGGCACCAAGGGAAACGCCACACCGCACUAUUUCUGAGAAAACUACUUCAUGAAAUUUGCUGCCGGAGUGUUUCAAGAAGAACAUUCAUUUUAUAGCGCAGUGCUGUUAUAAAGAUGUCAAGAAAUAUAAAUUCGCUCAGAGACAGUGUUAGUUACAUGUAUAAGAUGCAAGUAAAAAUAUAUGACAUAUAUAUAGACAUAAACCUAUUUUUUCAACUAAACUAAACUAACUGUAACUAAAAGUGUUUUUUUGUUUUAUUCUCUCCCCUCGUUAUUACAAUUUUACAUAUGUACGUAUGUCUGAAAAAUUCUGACCAAGUGGAAGAGUGAAAGUAGAUUGAGUCAAUUUGAACGGAAAUGUCAGUUACCAUUUUGCAAAAUUCGCAAUAUUUAUUGUAUAUAAGUAAUUAAUAAACAAUAACUUUAAUGAGCGCGUGAAAAGCGAGUAUUGUGUAGGCGUGUACGAAUUUCAAGUGUAACGAAAGACGGCUUUGCAACCUCUUCUGUUCAAGUUGACUCAGAUUUUUAUUUUUCACUGAAUUAAUAUUAUAUUACUGGAUUAAUUUGUAAAAUAUAAAAAAGUA